UAUCGCUUUCAAAAGUGUCAGCUCUCAAUUGGCCGCAAGGCCCGCAACACGAAACAAACUAACCAACUUUAAAAAAUUCUCCCAUUCUCUCUCUCUCUCUACAUUUUUCAAGAAGACGAAAGAAAAUUGGACCAACCACCUAUCCCGGAGAUACAGGAACGGCGGUCAUGGCUUCUGACGGCGACAAAUCGGACGACGCCAUCGUUCAAAACCGGCCCAUUUCUACCAUCCUCCUUAUCAUCGCUAUGCAGACGGAGGCGCUUCCUUUGGUGAACAAGUUCCAGCUUACAGAGGACCUCGACUCAGUGUUUCCAAAAGGGGUUCCUUGGAUCCGGUAUCAUGGUGUUUACAAGGAUCUUAACAUCAAUUUGAUCUGGCCAGGAAAAGAUUUAGCUCUUGGGGUUGAUAGUGUAGGCACCGUGUCGGCAGCUCUUGUUACCUAUGCAUCGAUCCAAGCAUUAAAGCCAGACCUAAUAAUAAAUGCGGGCACUGCUGGUGGCUUCAAGGCUAAAGGAGCAGGCAUUAGUGAUGUGUUUCUUGCUUCUGAGUGUGCUUUCCAUGAUAGAAGAAUACCUAUACCUGUUUUUGAUAUGUAUGGCGUUGGUUUACGCCAGGCCUUCUCAACUCCCAAUCUUGUUAAGGAGCUUAACCCAAAG